AUGAGCCACAUUCAACCCCAGAAAAUGUUGCUUGUUUGUGUUGUUUUCCUUGUGGAUUUCAUCAUCAAAAGCAUCAUCACAGCUCUCAGGCCUGGGCUGAGAGCAAUACCUGGCCCUUUCAUUGCAAGGAUCUCAUCUCUCUAUCGCCCAUGGAAGAUAUCAAAGGGCGAUGCUCCAGACUUCUACCGGCGGCUUCAUGAAACAUAUGGCCCCAUUGUCCGCACGGGGCCAAAUACCGUGGACAUCUCAGACCCAAAGGCCAUUUCAACCAUAUAUGGCAUCAACAGCAAAUUUCUCAAAUCACGUUUCUAUGACACAUUCCACCCCGUAUAUGAAGACGAGCCAAUGCCGAGCAUGUUCUCUGUCCGCGAUCCAGUACAACAUCAAGCCCUACGCCGACCAGUAGCGCAGAAAUUCUCGAUGUCGUCGAUCAAGGCCCUGGAACCUUGCGCGGAUGAGUGCACAAAGAUCUUCAUGGACGCGAUGAGAGAUUUGGAAGGGCAAUGUAUUGAUCUGAGUGCAUGGCUGCAGUGGUAUGCAUUCGAUGUAAUCGGCGUCAUUACGUUCCAGCGGCGUUUCGGUUUCAUGGAGAAGCGAAAAGAUGUCAAUGGGAUGAUUGACGCUCUUGAUAAGGGCCUUCAUUAUGGUGGGAUAGUAAGUCAGGUUCCGGCGCUGCACCAUUGGCUUUUGGGAAAUCGCUGGGUUGCGAAGUUCAUAGCCUUGCAGCCAUUUAUUCAUGUUGCUCAUCCGCUGCGCACAACCUUGGAGGUGGCUGAGCACACUGGCCGGCCAGACUUCCUCGCUUGGCUACGAGGUGAAGAAACGAAGGGUAAACCAAUGUCGAACCGAGAUAUGAUCAAUCAUCUAAGCAACAAUCUGCUUGCAGGAAGCGAUACUACUGCUAUCGCGCUCCGAGCAAUCAUCUAUUUCCUCGUCAAGAAUGUGUCAGUAUACAACAAACUGCAACAUGAGAUUGACGAGGCCGAUCAAACAGGCAGGAUUUCUGAGUACAUCACUUAUGCAGAGUGCCUUGAGCUACCAUAUCUCCAAGCCGUGAUGAAAGAAGCGAUGCGAUGCCACCCAAGUGUCUCAUUCCCCUUGGAACGGGUAGUCCCUGAAGGUGGAGCAAUAUUCUCCAAUAUCCACUUACAGCCAGGGACGAUUGUCGGUAUCAAUCCAGCAGUGAUCCACCGCGACAAGACCAUCUUCGGAGACGAUGCAGAUGCAUUCAGACCCGAGAGGUGGACUGAGUCAAGUGAGGACCACAUCAAGCUUAUGGAUCGACAUUUGAUGACGUUUGGAUUUGGAUCCCGGACCUGUAUUGGGAAGAAUAUCUCCAUUAUGGAGAUGGAGUGGAAUGUGCAGACGUUCUUCUUCGCCAAGCAGCAUGGCUUGAAAUGUCGUCUACGUGCCCGUUCAGAACAUGCGCAACGAUGA